GGGCCUCCCAUAGACAAAUGUCUGAAUCACUAUUUUUGGCGAUACAAGCGCUGAGCGCUGAAUAUUAAUAUGAACGCUAGACCGUUAUAUACAUCUCCCAUCCUCAAAUAUGACCGUUGUCUCAAAUGAUCCCAGUUGGUGGCCCUUCAUCAAUUUCAAUAUUUUGUACAGCUAUUGGGCGGUUGCCGCAGCCUUCGUGGUGGUAUACGAUUGGGUAUUAACACUUGCACAAGAGAUUGACCUCAUUUGGACCCAACGAUGGUCUCUCAUGACCGUGCUGUACCUAGUCAUACGCUAUGUUGGAAUACCAUUUUCUGUUGUCAAUGCUCUGGAAAACAUUGCGUUUAUCUCGUUGACAGAUGCAGUGAGCAACAUCAUGAACUACGCAACAAAUGGGACAAAUGUGGUCGUAACUGCCAUGUUGGGCGUCAUCAUGAUUGCUCGGUUGCAUGCCAUGUAUCAGAGAUCUAGGAGGAUGCUUAUCUUCCUUGUCAUCAUCUUCUUAGCUGUAAACAUCGCCUGCGGAGUAAUCGCGAUCAUAGGACUCAAGUAUGAUUUCGUAUCGGAGGAAAUGAUACUCUCUAGUAUUCAUAUGUGCUCUGACGGAUCCGAGGAGAAUACGCAGUUUCUCAUAUCAAUUGUUUGGAUGCUCAACACUGUUUGGGAGGUCCUCGCACUGUGUCUUUCAGUCUGGAUCGCUGCGAAGCACUUCCGUGACCUGCGACGACUCGGCCCAUUGACGGGAUCGACCAUUGGGGACUGUUUUAGAGUGCUGAUAGAAUCUCAUGUGCUUUAUUUUGCAAGCUUUGCCGGUGUCUCGUCCCUUCAGCUUGUUAAUCUCUCUCCAGAAGUCGAGAAUUCGGAUUCUGUAGCAGUUGGGAUACUCAGCGGUGCUAUGGAAAUUUUAUUGUCCGUGCAGAUGUUUAUGCUGGGACCACGCCUCAUCCUUAGUGUUCGACAAUAUCACGCUAAACUCGUGGCUGAAUCCGACGCAGAAACUAGCAUGAAUUCGAUUGUCUUCCAGGAGCGUGUGCAUGUACCAACUAGCAGUACUGUGUAGGGAAUGGUUGUCGAGUGUUCCGCAUGGAGAUAUUUGGUUGAGGAUCCGUCGUAGUAUUUAUUUUGGUUAUAGUAUAUUUAAGAUGGGGUUUAUGUAGACAUUUGUUGUUGUAUCACUACUGGAAGUCGGUGAUCCGCCCGCCCACACUCGUACCGAGUGACAAGCUGAAUUUAUCCGGC